UGGCUGCGAGGGAAGAUGGCAGCCACUGCGGCGGUACAUGGAGCUGCGGCUGGCCGAGCGAAUAAACGGGGUGGCGGCGGCGGCCCGGGUGGCGGAGGAACCCAAGGUGCGGAGGAAGAACCUCCACCGCCCCUGCAGGCUGUUCUGGUGGCAGAUAGCUUCAACCGCCGUUUCUUCCCCAUCUCCAAGGAUCAGCCUCGGGUCCUCUUGCCCCUGGCCAAUGUGGCCCUAAUUGACUACACUCUGGAGUUCCUGACUGCCACGGGUGUGCAGGAAACAUUUGUCUUCUGCUGCUGGAAGGCUGCACAGAUCAAGGAACACUUACUGAAAUCCAAGUGGUGCCAUCCUGCAUCCCCCAACACUGUUCGAAUAAUCACAUCAGAGCUGUACCGAUCACUCGGAGAUGUCCUCCGUGACGUGGACGCCAAGGCCUUGGUGCGCUCUGACUUCCUUCUGCUAUAUGGAGAUAUUAUUUCAAAUAUCAAUAUCACCCGAGCCCUGGAGGAGCACAGGCUGAGGCGGAAGCUAGAAAAAAAUGUGUCUGUGAUGACAAUGAUCUUCAAAGAGUCGUCCCCAAGCCACCCUACACGCUGCCAGGAAGACAACGUGGUGGUAGCUGUGGAUGGAACCACACACCGGCUGCUGCAUUUCCAGAAGACCCAAGGCCUCCGGCGCUUCUCCUUUCCUCUGAACCUGUUCCAGGGCAGUCGGGAUGGAGUGGAGAUUCGAUACGAUUUACUGGACUGUCACAUCAGCAUCUGCUCUCCUCAGGUAGCCCAGCUCUUCACAGACAAUUUUGACUACCAAACUCGAGAUGAUUUUGUUCGAGGCCUGUUAGUGAACGAGGAGAUCCUGGGAAACCAGAUCCACUUGUAUGUGACAACUAGGGAAUAUGGUGCCCGGGUCUCCAACCUACACAUGUACUCAGCUGUCUGUGCUGACGUCAUCCGCCGAUGGGUCUACCCUCUCACUCCGGAAGUCAACUUUACUGACAGCACCACACAGCAUUACACUCAUUCCCGACACAAUAUCUACCGAGGACCUGAAGUCAGCCUGGGCCAUGGCAGCGUCCUGGAGGAAAAUGUGCUUCUAGGAGCUGGCACUGUCAUUGGCAGCAACUGCUCCAUCACCAACAGUGUCAUUGGGCCUAACUGCCACAUUGGUGAUAAUGUGGUGCUGGACCAGGCCUACUUGUGGCAGGGAGUUCGAGUGGCUGCUGGAGCACAAAUAUACCAGUCUCUGCUCUGUGACAAAGCUGAGGUCAAGGAACGAGUUACACUGAACCCACACUGUGUCCUCACUUCCCAGGUGGUUGUGGGCCCAGAUAUCACCCUGCCUGAGGGCUCGGUGAUCUCUUUACACCCUCCAGAUGCAGAGGAAGACGAAGAUGAUGGCCAGUUUAGUGAUGACUCUGGGGCUGACCAAGAAAAGGAGAAAGUGAAGCUGAAAGGUUACAAUCCAGCAGAAGUUGGCUCUGAAGGCCAGGGAUACCUCUGGAAAGCUGCGGAUGGGGACAUGCAGGAAGAGGAGGAGCUACGGCAGAGUCUAUGGGGACUUACGAUCAACAUGGAAGAUGAAAGUGAGACUGAAAGCGAGCGAAGUGCGGAUUCUGAGGAGCUGGACAGCCGAGCAGGGUCCCCUCAGUUGGAUGACAUCAAAGUAUUCCAGAACGAAGUCCUGGGAACACUUCAGCGAGGUAGAGAGGAGAAUAUUUCUUGUGAUAAUCUAGUCCUGGAGAUCAACUCUCUCAAGUAUGCCUACAACAUCAGCCUAAAGGAAGUGAUGCAGGUCCUGAGCCAUGUGGUCCUGGAGUUCCCCCUGCAACAAAUGGAUUCUCUGCUUGACCCAAACCGCUACUGUGCCCUGCUGCUUCCUCUGCUCAAAGCCUGGAGCCCUGUUUUUAGGAAAUACAUAAAGCGUGCAGCUGACCAUUUGGAAGCCCUGGCAGCCAUUGAGGACUUCUUUGUGGAGCAUGAGACUCUUGUCACUUCCAUGGCCAAGGUUCUGAUGGCUUUCUACCAGCUGGAGAUUUUGGCUGAGGAAACAAUCUUGAGCUGGUUCAGCCAAAGAGACAUAACUGACAAAGGCCAGCAGCUGCGCAAGAAUCGACAGCUGCAGAGGUUCAUCCAGUGGCUAAAAGAGGCAGAAGAGGAGUCAUCUGAAGAUGACUGACGGUGACUGCCAGCUCCAUGGUGUGUUACUGGCUAGCUACAGAAGCAUGGAUGGCCACUACAGACUGAGACAGAACGGAACGCGAGUUGCAGCUAUAGUAUUCUUCCUACUGCUGGCAACCAUGACACUUCUCACCGUGACUGAAGUCAGGAUGAGGGAGCUUAAACUGAAACAAAACGCUAGGGAAAAUCCAGACAGACCCUGCAGUUAGGAGCAGGCAAAAGGAAGUGCCUGUGCCUCAGCUUUCCCUUGGGGAGCAGUGAGGAGCAGCUGGCCCUCUCUGCUGUUUGUGUUUGUUAAUAUUAAAGAAAGGUGUGUGGGGCUUCUCCAA